AAGUGGGGCGCCGACGUGGGGUGGUGGCGGCUCGGCCAGCACUGGUUUUUGUGGGACGAGUGGGGGAAAUGGUGGAAGACGUGGAGGUGAUCGUGCCCACGUCGUUGGAUGCGAGCUCUGGUGCGGGUGGGCGCCGGAUUUUGCGGCGACGUGGGCGGCAAUGGCAGUUGGGGUUGGCCGGCGAGAGGUAGGAGGAGGAGCUGACGGGUGGGGCCCACGGUCCCACCUGUCGGCCGGAUGGAGAGAGAGGAGGGAAACCAGGGGACGUAAAGUAGACUUUCACAAGGCGCGGGCCGGCCGAGAGAGGGAGGAGGCGCGCGGCCCACGGGAGAGGAGGGGAAGGCUUGGGCCAAGCCCAAAAGGGAGGGGAGGGGAUUUUAUUUGUUUUCUUUUUUUAUUUAAAUUGAGUUAAAUGAUCUUUGUGACUUUAAAAAUACUUCUUGAGCUCCGAAAACUCACGGAAAAUUCUGGAGAGUAUGUUAGGGCGCAAAGAAUAUUACAAAAUAUUCCCGGCCAAUAAUUUUUAAAGGAAAAUUUAAUUUCCUCCAUAUUUUCACUUGAUUAAAUUGAUUUAAAUUUUAUUUAAUUUCUAGAAAAUGCAUUAUUUAAUGAUUUUUAAUCCCGAACGAAAAUCGGGGCGUUACACGUUGUGAACACAUGGGCAAGUCGCUUUGAGCCAUACCUCGACCCCACACAGUGGCCACCGUACGAUGGUGAAGAAUUUGUUGCUGACCCAAAUUUGAAGAUUAAAACAAGAGGGAAGAGGAGAUCGAAACGAUUCAAGAAUGAAAUGGACUCGGGUCUGGGUGGUUCUGGAAGGAAACCACCUUCAUGCGUUCAACUUGAUGCUGCGCCGGUGCAAAAUAGAUGCUCGUUGUGUCACCAGGAGGGUCACAAGAAAACUAAGUGUCCUAAGCGUCCAAAAAAGAAGAAGUCCAAAAAAAAUAUAAGUGUUAGGGAGGAUGGCCGAGGAGGGACAACCGCCGACUUACCCAGCCUUGGAGGCGUACUAUGAGGCCCGUCAUCGCGAGGCUGCGAUCGAGGCGGGGAGGGUACUUCAACCGCUCUGAGUCAGAGCUCAUGCCCCUCCAGUGUUCGACGAUAGGUACAUCCCGUACCUAAGGGCGGCCGGGUUGCUCGGGGUGGCCUUGGUCGUGAGCAGAGGAAUGCCAGUGUUCAACGCUCCUGCGUUGACAGCACUUGUGGACAGAUGGAGGCCUGAGACACACAGCUUCCACCUCCCCAGUGGUGAGAUGACCAUCACUCUACAGGAUGUGGCUAUGAUCUUGGCCCUCCCAUUACGGGGGCAUGCCGUGACGGGCAGGACAGAGACUCCUGGAUGGCGUGCACAAGUGGAGCAGCUGUUUGGCAUUCCACUGAACAUUGAGCAGGGGCAAGGGGGGAAGAAGAAGCAGAAUGGAAUACCCCUGUCUUGGCUGAGUCAGAACUUCUCACAUCUUGACGACGACGCUGAGCCAUGGCGUGUUGAGUGUUAUGCCCGUGCAUACAUCUUGCACUUGUUGGGAGGGGUUCUGUUUCCUGAUGCUGGGGGUGACAUUGCUUCGGCGAUAUGGAUUCCUUUGGUCGCCAACCUUGGUGAUCUAGGCCGUUUCCGUUGGGGCUCAACAGUGUUGGCGUGGACAUAUAGAGAGCUCUGUGAGGCCUGUUGUCGUCAGGCACCAUCAUCCAACAUGAGUGGUUGUGUGCUAUUGAUUCAGCUGUGGAUGUGGUUAAGACUACCGGUUGGAAGGCCUAAGUGGAGGCAAAGCUUCACUCCUUGGCCCUACAAUGAGCCAGAUAUGGAGAAGACAGUGGCCUACCUUUUUGAGAGUACUGCCACUGCACAUGCUCACCGGGAUGUGGCAUAUAAGCAUUAUGUCAAUGAGAUGGACUGCUUACAGCCUCAACAUAUUGAGUGGUUACCAUACCACACAAAUGAGGCUUCAAGCCUGACCCUGAACUCGAUGUGCAAUCGAAACUCUGACUAUUUCAUGUACCAGUGCCCAUUGAUUUGUUUCUGGGCAGUUGAGUACCACCUUCCGCACCGUGUCAUGCGACAGUUCGGGAAGAAACAAGAUUGGCCGGUAGAGGACAUCUCAACUGGAGUUGAAUUACCCAAGUAUGACAGGGUGAGAACAAAGAAGGUGAAAGACUGGGGGCUAGAGCAUAAUAGAUACAUUGAUGAAUGGAGGACAGCCGGAAGGAAUGACAGGUACAUCGAGACUAUACACCAAAAUCAUAUUUUCUCAGAGUACCUUCGUUGGCUGCAUAGGACAUAUAGACUGUUCCUCCGCCCUACUUGAACGGAAGCCGACAUAGAGGAUGACCGCGACUCCGAUGAGGGGCGGAAUCCCUAUGAUGUCCAGACUAGAGUUGGAUAUCAAAUGGAGCACGCCCCACUUAGAGACAGAGGCUCGAGAGAGCUCCUCAGGAGUGUGAAUGAAAUGGGGCAUGCCCUCCAAGCUCCGAGGG